GGGAGCCCUGGGAUUUCUGGGACUUCAAUAAACCUUUGCAUUGUGGGAAACCCGUUAUAAACUCUCUUUCUAAAAUUCACAUGAAAGGCGAAUGACCGUCGUAAACAACACAGAAAUGUGGCAGUUUCUGUUCCUGUUAUUAGGUCUCUUAAUAUUUUUACUCGGUUUCAUUUUUCUGUACAGGAAAUCGCGAAGUUUCCGUUUUUACAUAAAGUAUCUUGGCUUCAACUUUGUGAUCAUGUUAUCCGCCAUCCACUGGACGUGGGUUGGUUUGUUCCAUCCAUUUGAUGUAGACAACUUUCAUCGUUGCUCCGGAAUUUUGUACAAUUUCCUCGUCAGAGCCUACUCAAUACGCGUUAAAAUUGAAGGACGUGAGAUCUUUGAUACUCUAAAAAAGAAGAAUUUCAUCAUUGUAGCUAACCAUCAAAGUUCGCUUGACGUCUUUACGCUUCUACAGGCAACACCCCGUAGAACCACGUUCCUGGCGAAAAAGGAAUUACUGUUUGCACCUCUAUUUGGAUUUGCAGCCUGGCUUUUUGGAAUAGUGUUUGUUAAUAGAUCUAACGCCAAGAGUGCAAGAAAUGUCAUGGAUAAAACAGUAAAACUGAUGCGAGAUAAAAAGAUUAAUCUUUGGAUUUUUCCUGAGGGAACAAGAAGCCAGACUGGUACUCUUCUCCCAUUUAAGAAAGGUGCCUUCCAUCUUGCCGUACAGGCACAGCUCCCUAUUGUUCCUAUUGUAAUCCAGGAUUACUCUUCAAUUUUCAACAAGAAAAACAAAGCAUUUGAACACGGAAUUUUUAGAGUAAAAGUGCUGGAUCCUAUUUCAACUGAUGGCCUUACAGCUGAUGAUGUUGGGGAAUUAACAGAUCAUGUUCGACAAGUGAUGUUGAAGGUCUUCCAUGAAAAUGACUCUUCAGGGAGCCACCAGGAUUCCGUAACAGCAGGAGAGACAAAGAAUGAGUGACAAGAAAAUGUUCUUGUUCAGCUUAAAGUAAAUGCUACUUGGAAUUUUUUAGAGUGUUUUAAGAAUGACUAUGAUCAGAAAUGAAAUUAUUUUACUAAAGAAAUGGAGAGUACGAUUAAUUUAUAGUUUCCAAUUCAUUCGCCCUUUUUUGGUGCUAUGUAAUCCAUUGGAUUUUGAGUGAAAUUUAAUUAAUUCUUAAUUAUAUGAACAGUGUGAUCUUAUUGUUCACUUUUACUUCAUUGUGAAAAUCAAAGUUUGAAAUCAUGAAACAGAUCUUUAUUUAAAAAUGUUUACAAAUGAAAUACAUGGACUAUUUUCUCUUAAUUUUCAGAGAAGUAUCUGGCUUGAAAUACUUGUGAACUCUGAUAGCUUUUACUAUUUUUUUAAAUUACCAUGUUUUAACAAAUGGAUUUUAUUUAAAAAUAAAGGAUUUUGUCGUUAUCCCAACAUUUGUGUACUUCAAUGAAUUUGUCUUGUCUCAGCCCAAGAAAGAAUCUGGUUUUGAGUAAUUGUCUAACGGUUACUCCACCAAAAACGUUUUUUUACAUAAUAAAUUAAUUUACCAUGCUUUCUUCAAAUAAGCGCUAAAGCGAGACCUAAAAUACACUUCAUGAAUAGAGUAUCCAGUCGUUUCGUACCCAUGGAUCUUUCGUACCCAGGCUCAGACCUCUCGUACCCAAUUGCGAUCAGUUCGUACCAACCCUCUGGUGGAUUCGUACCCAACAAAUUAAGAUGCACGCUUGCACGCGCCAGGUAUAGGUGUAAUCUUAUUUGUUAUAUUGUUGAACUUUACUUACAGUAAAAGUGUCAGUGUUCCGCGUAAGGCGCUCCGUGAUAAUGGGCAA